AGGCAGCGAUGCCUGCGAUGCCUGCGAUGCCGACAGCGCCUGCACCGGCUCCACCCCGCGGGCCCAUUGGACGCUUGUCCUCCGUGCUGGAGACCAUGGCCAAAGCUCCAGCUGGAACGAUAGGCGCCUCCACGGCUGGCGUGGAAAAGGCGCGCAGCUCCCGCGGCACGCGGAGCUCCAAAUCGGAGACCGCGUUGGCGGCGCUGAGAGCUGCCAGAGGUGCUUCACCAGUGUCACCACCAAGCGAAGAUGAAACGCUUCAAUCUCCACAGCCCAGUGGAGCGCAAAGCACGCACGAGAUGCGUACAUGGUCGAGGUCUGAAUCAGGUCUGCGAGGAUCACGUGGCAAAUAUGAGCGGGUGUCAAGCACUGGAGCGGAGGCUGAAGCUUUGGAUGAAGGCAUCCAUACGGUGAUUGCCUCGAAGGAGG